CCGGGCCCCCGGCGACUGCCCGCCCCGGGAUUAGCCACCGGGCGCGCGGCGCCGACCUCGCACCGCAGCAGCGAUGGGCAACACCGUGCACCGGACCUCGCCAGACUCCAGCCCCCCGACGCGCCUCCUGACCCCGCGUCCGUGCUGCGGCCCGGGCUUCGAGCAGCAGCCGCAGCGGCACCCGGUGCUGGGCGAAGCCCCGCGCUUCCACGCGCAGGCCAAGGGCAAGAACGUGCGCCUGGACGGCCACUCGCGGCGAGCCACGCGGCGCAACAGCUUCUGCAACGGGGUGACGUUCACGCAGCGGCCGAUCCGGCUGUACGAGCAGGUGCGGCUGCGCCUGGUGGCCGUGCGGCCCGGCUGGAGCGGCGCGCUGCGCUUCGGCUUCACGGCGCACGACCCCUCGCUCAUGAGCGCGCAGGACAUCCCCAAGUACGCCUGCCCGGACCUGGUCACCCGGCCCGGCUACUGGGCCAAGGCGCUGCCCGAGAGCCUGGCGCUGCGCGACACGGUGCUGGCCUACUGGGCCGACCGGCACGGCCGCGUCUUCUACCGCGUCAACGACGGCGAGCCGGUGCUCUUCCACUGCGGCGUGGCCGUGGGCGGCCCGCUCUGGGCGCUCAUCGACGUCUACGGCAUCACCGACGAGGUGCAGCUGCUCGAGAGCGCCUUCGCCGACACGCUGCCGCCCGCGCGCCUGGGCCAGGCCCGCUUCAGCGCCUGCCCGCCGCCCGGCAGCCACGACGCCGCCAACUUCGACAACAACGAGCUGGAGAACAGCCAGGUGGUGGCCAAGCUGGGGCAGCUGGCGCUGGGCCGCGCCGCGGGCCCGCCGGCCCCCGCCAUCCCGUGCGGGCCCCGCGAGCGCCCGCGGCCCGCGUCCUCGCCCGCGCUGCUCGACGCCGACCUGCGCUUCCACGCCACGCGCGGGCCCGACGUGAGCCUGUCGGCCGACCGCAAGCUGGCGUGCGCGCCGCGGCCCGACGGCGGCCGCACGCUCGUGUUCUGCGAGCGCCCGCUGCGGCCCGGCGAGAGCCUCUGCGUGGAAGUGGGGCGCGCGGGGCUGGCGGCGCCCGGCGCCGUGGCCUUCGGCAUCACCUCGUGCGACCCCGGCGCGCUGCGGCCCGCCGAGCUGCCCGCCGACCCCGACGCGCUGCUCGACCGCAAGGAGUACUGGGUGGUGGCGCGCGCCGGGCCCGUGCCCUGCGGCGGCGACGCGCUCAGCUUCACGCUGCGCCCCGGCGGCGACGUGCUGCUCGGCGUCAACGGGCGCCCGCGCGGCCGCCUGCUGUGCGUGGACACCUCGCAGGCGCUCUGGGCCUUCUUCGCCGUGCGCGGCGGCGCCGCGGGCCAGCUGCGCCUCCUCGGUACGCUACAGUCCAGUCCUGCAACCACGACUCCAUCCGGAUCCCUCAGCGGCUCCCAGGACGAUAGCGAUUCCGACAUGGCCUUCAGUGUCAAUCAGUCCUCCUCUGAGUCAGAGUCAUCCCUGGUGACAGCCCCCAGCUCCCCACUGAGUCCCCUGGUGUCCCCAGCCUUCUCCCUACCCGAGCCCGCGGCCAGCAAGAACGGCGAGUGCACCGUGUGCUUCGACGGCGAGGUGGACACGGUCAUCUACACGUGUGGACACAUGUGCUUGUGCCACAGCUGCGGCCUGCGGCUCAAGAGGCAGGCGCGGGCCUGCUGCCCCAUCUGCCGGCGGCCCAUCAAAGACGUCAUCAAGAUCUACAGGCCCUAGCCCGGCCACCAGCAAGCUCACCGCUGGGAAGAGGACACCCCUGGUCGCCAAGGAGCGCAGAGGGCACAAGCCAGCUCUCCUGGGCCGGACACAGCAGUGGCAGGUGCAGAGGCGAGGCCCCGGGGAGCUCAGGCCAGGCAAGGAUUGCUUGUGGCUCCUAAGUGCUUUGCGCACGCACACACACACACACACACACACACACACACACCCCAAAAGGCCCACUUUGGGGAGACAGCGUCCUCUCAUCUGUGCAAAUGCUUCUUUCUGAAGUGGAGUGGGAGCAGAAGGAGGAAGGGGCAGAGAUGCGGGGCUCCAGCUGUUCCCUCGCUGGAAUGCACAAGCCAGACUCCAGAUGUUGACACCACUAGAAAACAGCAGCAGCAGCAACCUGCUCACUUUCUGGGAUGUGGUUUUCCGAGAUAACGCUAGGUUUUGGGGAGGGGGGGGUUGAAUGUACAAGG